ACACUCACACACUUUGGGAAGAACAUCGGGGACAGCACCACUCUGACCAGGGGCACGAUGAGGUCGCUUCGUUUCAUUUCUGCUGAAGCGUUAGUGUCCCACUCCCAGCUGGUCCAGGAGAACCUGGACAAUAUAGCCUACAACCUCUACCCACUUCUGUUCAAGGCCAGUUACCUGCUAGAGCAGGCAGAUGUAACCCGUGCUCUGCUGAGUCACUGGCCACUGGAGGAGUUCCGGCUGGCUGUGCUACUGAGGCCAAACACUGACCACCCUGAAGACCUGCGUGAUCGUGCCUGCAAGGCCUGCCUGGAGGCUUGUAUGCAGGGCAUAGCUGACCAUGUGCUGAAAAGUGGGAGCAACCGCCUUCGGGUAGCAGAUUUCACCGGCAUCCAGGACGUACAGGUGCAGCAAUGUCCUUGUGGGAGGGCACUAGGAAGGUGGGGCCGUACCAAGGUGCUGGCCAGGACCUGCUGCCAGCUCCAAGGACAGCCCUGUUCAGCUGGGCACCCCAUUGAAGUCUUUGCUGACCUCUUUGUCACAGAAGGCAACUUUGACAUGGUGGUGCAGGCCCUGAAGCCAUUAGGCCCAGCACCUCUACAGGUCUGUUGCCCUUCACUCCGGGCAGACAGCCUGAGCCCUGGGCAGCUCCUACAAGUUCUUGGCCUGGCUGGGCCAGGCAACCUUAGAAAGUUGGAGGUAGUACACAAUGUCCGGUUGCAUGCUGGCCAUGUGCAGCAGCUGCUGACCCAGGUGGGUUUCCCUCAGCUGACCUCACUCACCUUGCCCACCAAGGCCUUCGAUGCUCCCCCAACUUGUGCCCCAAAUCCAGAGGGCGAGGAUCUUCUCCUUACCUCUAUUGCCUGGGAGCUCAGCCAAAUGAACCAGCUCACUGAGCUAAGUGUGGCUUUCUCUACACUGACUGGGAAGAUUCAAACAUUGCUUAGCCCCUUGAAGACCCCACUAAGAGUGUUGGACCUAGCCAACUGUGCCCUUAAUCAUGAAGACAUAUCCUUCUUAGCAGACUGUAACCACACUGCCCACUUGGAGGUGCUGGACCUCAGUGGACACAACCUGGUACAUCUGUACCCUUCUACCUUCUUCAGGCUGCUGAGCCAGGCUGCCCAAACGCUGAGAGUGCUUACCCUAGAGGAGUGCAACAUCACAGACAGCCAUGUUAACAUGAUGAUUCUGGGCCUUAGCCCUUGCAGCCAGCUCCAGCAGUUCAAGUUCCUUGGGAACCCGCUUUCAGGCAGUGCUCUCCGGCGCCUUUUUGCUGCACUCUGCGAACUCCCUAGGCUUCGCCAUAUUGAGUUCCCAGUACCAAAGGACUGCUACCCUGAGGAUGCUAUCUACCCCCAGGAUGAACUGUCAGUGUCCAAAUUCGACCAACAGAAAUACGACGUAAUUGCAGAGGAUCUUCGAGCAGUACUGCUUCAAGCUAACCGGGAGGACAUCCAGGCCUCCACCCCACUUUUUGGAAGUUUUGAUCCAGACAUUCAUGAAACCAGCAAUGAACUUGGUACUUUUUUGCUGCAAGCUUUCAAAACUGCUUUGGAAAACUUUUCCAGAGCACUAGAACAAAUGGAGUAGGUCCUGGAAUUGUGCUAUAAGAGGCUGUGCAUUUCUAGUGCCCUGAGGUCAGUCCUGGACCAGAUCAGGCUCAACCAUUUGUCACCAGCAGCAAUACUGCCACAAGAUUUCCUUAGAGAAAACUGCAGGCGUACUCACUACAUGCUCUAAGAGGAAGCCAGAUACAUAAAUGAGAUAUGAGGUGCUCCUGUGUGUUAGCACAGCAAGAUCUUAAAGCAGAGGGAAGCCACCUUACACCAAGAUAGAAGGUGGAGAAUGUGAUCGCCAGGGCAGGAUGUAGUGGGAGCAGGGUCAACUACCUAGCUCUGAUGCUGUCAGGGGAAGAAAUGAGAAAAUUCACAUGUAUAUCAAAAUGUAUAGAAACAGCAGCUCAUAAAAAAUAGACACUGAGCCGGACAUGGUGGCGCACGCUUUUAAUCCCAGCAUUCGGGAGGCAGAGGCAGGUGGAUUUCUGAGUUCGAGGCCAGCCUGAUCUACAAAGUGAGCUCCAGGAGAGCCAGGGCUAUGCAGAGAAACCCUGUCUCGAGAACGCCCCCCCCCCCCCAAAAAAAAGACACUGAAAACAAAAGUGAACCAGACCCCUGAGCUAGCAGUUUAGUUAUGUUCUAUCUGCUGUACAUUUUACCAGAUGACAUCUGCCUACACAGAAACGUGGGGGAUGGGGUGAUGAUCAAUUUUCUAUCGGAGGCUGUUUGGGCUUUGUUUCCAAUUGAAGCAGAUUUUUACUGUCUUUUGGUGACUGAAGACAUCUAGUCACUGAAAUAUGCCCAAUGUUUCCUGGCAUACUCUGAUCCUGUUUUCUGCUCAGAGUUCAGACUGUAAGACAGCAAUGUCUAACCUGAACAGUAUAUGCAGCCACGUGUGACAGAGGAUAGCUAUGAAUGUAGCGCAGUACAAAGUUGUAAACUUACUGAAGACACUGAGAUGAUUUUUUUUGAAACUUGUUGUGACUCAGGUUUCAAGAAUGAGCUUUGUAAAUGUUAACAUAUCUAUAAUGCACACAGAUCACUGCUCCUCAAAAUGGCUGAGGCCUGGCCCUUUGCAGCUCCUCUGAGAAGCAAAUCAUCACGUAAGAAAGACUUGUUUAGACUCUAUUUCCAGUAUUUGCUUUGCCAAAGUACUACUGUAAUUAAAUGCUAAUAAAAUAGGAGU